UCAUUUAUUAAACAAAGAAGUGAAUCGACAUUAGAAGCAUGGAGACUCGCUGCAACUGAGGGAUUCUUGACCUUUCCAACUUAAUACUAUAAUCUGGUUUCAAAUGAACGUAUCUGGGAUACCAAGACGGAUCCUCUUUUAGGUUAUUGUUGAUUAUGUGACAGAUUUAUGCAAGUCUGUAGGACGACGGAAAGCUGAGCAGAAUGUCGGGGAGAAAGAUUAUGGUCCAUGCUACAUGGGCCAUCGGUAAAGUAAUCGGGACCAAGAUGCAGAAAACCGCUAAAGUGAGAGUGACACGACUGGUGCUGGACCCCAACCUGCUGAAGUACUACAACAAGAGGAAGACCUACUUUGUCCAUGAUUCUUUGGAGCAGUGCACUGUGGGAGAUAUCGUCCUGAUCAAGGCUCUGUCUGUGACAAGAUCCAAACAUGUCAAGCAUGAACUUUCUGAGAUCGUUUACAAAGUAGGCCGGGUGGUGGAUCCGCUGACGGGAAAAAGUGUUGCAGGAACAGAGUUUGUGGAGCCUCUGUCUGACCUGGUUCUAGAAGAGAAUAUUUCUCUGUCGGAUAAACUCACAGAGCUGAACAUCUCAGCUGCCUCUGAUUCUCCAUCUGUACAAACUCCUACUUCAUGAUAGAAAACUGUUUUCUUACAUGCCACUCUGUAAUGUUUUUGUUUCAAGAGUUAAUAUUAAUAAAAUAUAAGUAUAUAAACAUUAUGGAUUCAACAGAAGCAUAACUCUAAUAUUACUUUCAAGAAUAUAAUUUGGAUUAUUUUGUAAUGAAAUGAAAAUGGGAACACAUUCAUGCUUUGUGACGUCCUCUGGGUUUCUGGGAGAGAUUAAAAAUCUCCAAGAUUUUAAAUAAAACAGUUGAACUAAAGGCAAAAAUGCCUCUUUGGAUUGUAAA